AUGGGUGAAGGAUCAUAUGGGGUAUCACACAACGCAUGUUCGUGUUAUAUAUUUCCUUGCGUCAAGACACAACCCCUCCCCUCUAGAAAAGGGGAGAAUGGGGGCAGACGGCGGUGUCGUUUCAAGAGGGGCUUGACUGAUGGUGAGGCAGGUGGAGGGGGAGCAGAUGGAGUUUCGGGUGAGAAGGGAGGGCUGUGUGUUAAUGUGCCCCAGGGGGGUGAGGAGGGAGGGCUGUGCGUUAAUGUGCCCCAGGGGGGUGAGGAGGGAGGGCUGUGUGUUAAUGUGCCUCAGGGGGGUGAGGAGGGAGGGCUGUGUGUUAAUGUGCCUCAUGGAGGAGCUGCUGAGGAGGAGAGGGGCGACAGUUGGGCUGGCGGGGAGAAGGUGUUGUGUUGA